CCACUUUUAACUUCACGCAAGAUACUACAAUUGUCAAUUAUAUUCCAAAAAAGAAUAAAAAUGUUGUUCUUAUGAGCACGUUACACCAUGAUAAAGCUAUUAGUGACAGAGCUGAUAAAAAGCCUCAAGUAAUUUUGGAUUAUAAUGCAACAAAGGGAGCAGUUGAUACUCUCGAUCAACUUAUUGGAACAUAUACAUGCAAAAAAAAAACUAAUCGCUGGCCAAUGGUAAUUUUUUAUAAUAUGAUAGAUACUUCCGCAUAUAACGCAUUCGUUUUAUGGACGUCAAUAAAUCCGAACUGGAAUGAAAAUAAGCUCACCAAAAGGAGACUAUACUUGGAAGAACUAGGAAAAGCAUUAGUAACACCGCUUAUUACUUCCAGAAAAUUUUUGCCAAGAGGUGAAGAGUCACGUCGUCUGGUAAGAAGAUCACAAGCUAGUGGAUCAGGAUCAGAAGCACAGUCUGAUAUACCAUGUACAAGUGUCACGGGUACGGCUACUAAAAGGGCACGCUGUAAAUUUUGCCCAUCAAGAAAUGACAAUAAAACUAAUAUUUUAUGUUGUAUUUGCCGUAAACAUAUUUGUAAAAUGCAUAGCAGUUGUUAUUGUCCUAAUUGUAAACAAAACUAAAAUAACAUUUUUGUAUUCAUUUGCAUUUUUUAUGAGAUUUUUUUUCUUACUGGUUUAAAUACAAUGUUAUUUUGUAAAACAUGCAUUUAUUAAUAAAUACAUUUUGGUUUAAACAAUAUUAUUUUACUUGAAAUGUAUGAUUCACACUCGGGUCAUAUUGACCCGAACACUACAUUAGGUUGUAAGAUUCGAACAGGACAGCAGGGUUAAGCUAGUUCUACUUUAAAACAAAAUUUUAUGUCCAAUAAAAUGUGGACUUAGGCUUAUUCUGAUCUAUAGUGUUAAUAAACCCUCACACCUUUUACUGGAGAUAAACUAGUUCUGCACUGUACUGGUUUCGACUUGUUAGAAAUCUUGGUAUUUCAA